AUGGACGACGUGCCUGUAGAAAUCUGGUCUCGUAUAUUCACCUGGGCUUGUACAGACAACGGGACUACUGGUCGCUCCCUUUCGCAAGUAUCGAGAUACAUCCGCGAUGCGUCGAGUGCUGUUCGGCUGCGUAGCAUUGCUCUGAUCGGACUCGAACAGACGCGGCGCUUCGCGGAUCUGCUAGAAAGGACGCCACCCGAACUGCGUCGGGUUCGCUGCCUGUGCAUCUCGCACUGCGAUCCUCCAGCACCUUUCCAGCAGCCGUUGUAUUCCUCCGAGGAGAUAAAUUUGAUGCCGGUGGAGAAGCUUGCGGAGAUGUUCGUUCUCCGUCAAUACGAUCUGGCGAACAAGGACCACAUCGUCUGGAAGCUCAGGACAGCAGAAGGCCGGCCCGCACUUGUAUCGCAGUUGGCAACAGCUCGCAAGGGGGCGUUCGCAGCUGCUAUUUCGCACAUCCUCCAGCUCAUUGGAGCCAGCCUCGAGACCCUCACGUUACACAUGGGUGCAUACUAUCCUCAGGCCUUGCAUGACGUUUUCCUUCCGCGACUCUCCGAGCUUUCCGUCGUGGGAUCAUUCCUCUUGUCAAGCACACUCCUACAUUCCAAGACCCGGAAGGUUCAAGUUUUGCCUUCUUUGACGCACCUGCACCUCGUCGACUGCCCCGACUUUCUUGCCGCCUUUGGAGGCCAAGUUCCUCGGUUAACACAUCUACGCAUGACAGGAGUGACACAUCUGAUGUCUCGGGCUUGCAUUCCCCUCUCUGCGGCGUUGUCCGUACGACGAACGCUUCACUCGGACGAACCCCUCCAGGAUUCAGCAUUUCCCGAUAUUGAGCAGGUCAUCAUACAGCGUCCGAUUCACAUAAAACGCCCGGGAGGCUCCCGAUGGGCAACCGGGUUGCGAGAGUUGAUCGAAAGUGAGAAGGUUGUUGUGCUGAAGGCAGAUAGUGGUCAGCCGUCCUAUGGAUUUCCCGAAGCACAGCGUGACUGGCUGGAGAGGAACAUGGGCGAAGACGGCUGUUGGAAGAAUCUGGAUUGGCAGGAUACUUCUUGCUUUCCAUUUACCCCAGACGUUCCCGCGAACCUCCUGCAAUCCACGCACCUCGUGUAUCCAUGCCGUGGCCAGCAGCGUUUAUCUUGUCCCGGCGUCCAUGACCUUGAUGAACAGCUAUGUCCGGAUAUCGCCCUCGUGCAACAGCUGCGCGCAGGCGCCUCAGCACGAGGAGACUACGAUGAAAGUUUGCAUAUGGCGUAUCUGUCAAUGUUUCCUAUUGUUCUGGGGGGAGGCCCUGCAACGCCCGCAGUACGUCUCAUCGGCAUGGCGGGCUCAGAGCGCAUUGCGCAAUCCCAUGAGGCACAAUACUGUGGUCGACGAUCAUUCACGGGCAGAACUUGCCGGCAAGAGACGGUGACCAUCGCAAAAGCCUUCCCUGCAUCGUAUAAGCCUGUGCAAGGAACGACUAAACACAAAGAGAGCUAUGGUAUGACAACAGUGAGCAAUUAUACGCGACUGCGAUACCAACUAGAACGAGAACGAAGUAGGGUGAUGAAUAGCAAUGGAGAUGGUGAAUAA